CCGGGGCGGGGGGAGGGAAGGGAAGGGAGGCGAAGCCGGCAGGAAGGAAGGAAGGACGGACGGACCAGGAGGAGGAGCGGCAGCAGCGGCCGGAGCCGGAAGGCGGGGAGGGGCCGUCCGUUGGGCCCGAGGCGGCGGCGGCCAGGGCGAACUGCUCUCGUCGCCUCCUCCCCCCGGCGCCGCGGAGGGGGGAGGAGGAAGAUGGAGACCCACAUCUCGUGCUUGUUCCCCGAGCUGCUGGCCAUGAUCUUCGGCUACCUGGACGUCCGGGACAAGGGGCGCGCGGCGCAGGUGUGCACAGCCUGGCGGGACGCCGCCUACCACAAGUCGGUGUGGCGGGGGGUGGAGGCCAAGCUGCACCUGCGCCGGGCCAACCCGUCGCUGUUCCCCAGCCUGCAGGCCCGGGGCAUCCGCCGGGUGCAGAUCCUGAGCCUCCGCCGCAGCCUCAGCUACGUGAUCCAGGGCAUGGCCAACAUCGAGAGCCUCAACCUGAGCGGCUGCUACAACCUCACGGACAACGGGCUGGGCCACGCGUUUGUGCAGGAGAUCAGUUCCCUGCGCGCCCUCAACCUGAGCCUCUGCAAGCAGAUCACCGACAGCAGCCUGGGCCGCAUAGCCCAGUACCUUAAAGGCCUGGAGGUUCUAGAGCUGGGGGGCUGCAGCAACAUCACCAACACCGGCCUCCUGCUCAUCGCCUGGGGCCUGCAGCGCCUCAAGAGCCUUAAUCUCCGCAGCUGCCGCCAUCUCUCGGAUGUGGGCAUUGGACACCUGGCCGGCAUGACGCGCAGCGCGGCAGAGGGCUGCCUGGGCCUGGAGCAGCUCACGCUGCAGGACUGCCAGAAGCUCACCGAUCUUUCUCUAAAGCACAUCUCCCGGGGGCUGACGGGCCUGAGGCUCCUCAACCUCAGCUUCUGCGGAGGCAUCUCGGACGCGGGUCUCCUGCACCUGUCGCACAUGGGCAGCCUCCGCAGCCUUAACCUGCGCUCCUGUGACAACAUCAGUGAUACGGGCAUCAUGCACCUGGCCAUGGGCAGCCUGCGCCUCUCGGGGCUGGAUGUGUCGUUCUGUGACAAAGUGGGGGACCAGAGUCUGGCUUACAUAGCGCAGGUUCUUUCCCUCUGCUCCUGCCACAUCAGCGAUGAUGGCAUCAACCGCAUGGUGCGGCAGAUGCACGGGCUGCGCACGCUCAACAUCGGACAGUGUGUGCGAAUCACGGACAAGGGCCUGGAGCUGAUUGCUGAGCACCUGAGCCAGCUCACUGGCAUAGACCUGUACGGCUGUACGCGAAUCACCAAGCGCGGCCUGGAGCGCAUCACGCAGCUGCCCUGCCUCAAGGUACUCAACUUGGGACUCUGGCAGAUGACGGACAGUGAGAAGGUCAGGUGAGGGCGGCAGCACCAACUCCCCUUGUCCCGCCCUGUUUCUCCUCCUGUCAUCUCCCCCCUCCCACCUCCACACGCACACUUAUACACAGAUCCUUGCAGUGGAUGAGAUGGGGGCAGUGAUACGAAGCUUCAGGCUCAUUUUUCUCCUCCCUCCUCCAGCACCCCCUGCCCACUACUCGUCCAUUCAUUGCAUCUGGGGUUCCUCUGCUACCCCUACCGUACCCCCCCCCUUUUUCCCUGAGAAUGGAGAGAAGGACUCAGCUACUUAACCCAUCCACUCCUCUGCUGGGGGAUGGAGGGCUGAUUGAGCUACUGUAUCCCCACUGCGUUGCUUUAGAAAAUGGGGGUGGGGGUGGGAAGAACUAGUCCUUUCGACCCUGGGGAGUUGAGGAAAAUGUCUGCCUUCACUUAAGCUUUCAUUGGAAUACUGUGAUCUGGUUUUUAUUUUGAAAUGUAUGAAAGCAAACCCAACUAUAACGGCCUUUUCACCCUUCCUCCACUUAAUAACUAAUCCCAGUCUCUUCUCAUCACUUCUCUUUUUACAGUACUCUGAUAUCCACGCUCAUUUCAUUUUUAUCCUUUUUUUUUUUAUCAUGGUCCUUUUUUUCUGCUGAAUAUAUUCUAUAUAUUAUAUAUAUAUAAAUUUUAUAUAUAUAUAAGUAUAUAUAUAUGUCUGGCUACCUCGUUUUAGUUUACUUUUUUCUCUGAAGCCCUGGAAUUCAACAAGAGAGAUAUUUUGAGACUAAAACAUUUUUGUGCCUAGACUGGAAAGAUACCCAUUGGGUUUGUACGUCUUUUCUUGGUUGGUUUCUUCCCAAACCCCAUCCAUCCAGUAUGUCCCACUUCCACAUUCUGGCUAUAAUUUUCUUUUUCUACUUGUCCAUUGAGAUUUGAGGGCCCAACGAUGUUCCUAAAUCUUAAUUUAUAGCACAAAUGUGUGGGAGAAAUGAGAGUUGAACUGGUUUUUGUUUGAGAUGCAGAUUGUCUUGCAAAUGAUUAUUAUAUAUGCAAAUUAUGCCCUACCCUCACCCUCUUCCAAGUUUCCCCACAAAAAGGUCACACAGUGAGGCUUCCUGUUGGAAGCAGAAGAGCAGAGUUGGCCUACAGAGCCCCUGGGGCUGUAAUGUGAAGGGAAGGAGACUGAAAUUCAUGUCUUUAUCUCUGUUCUGUUAAUAAAAUGGGAGUUUGUGGGUUUUAAAAAAUUCUGUUUCUAAAUGGAGGAGUAGAUGACUUUAUUUUGGUGGGGGUUGGGACUUGUGGCUUUAAAAAAAAAUCGCUUUUGAGUAGGAUGUAUAUUUUUGUUGGAUUUUUUGUUUAUUUUUUUAGAAUCCUCCACAGCAACAUGCGAGACCAUGGAGUUAAAGAAACCCAGAGACCUUUAUCAAUUAAUUGUACUGUUUGUGAAUUUGUAUAAAUAAUAACAAAGAUCCUCUUAAAACGUUUAUAUUCUUACAGUAAAAGGUUAAACUGAUAUUUAUAUAAUAAAAGAGGAAAUAUGAAGUAUGUUUUUGAGAAAAAA